GAGUUUCCAAAGUUUGGUUAUUGCCAUGAGUUUUCUUUUAUCUUCAAGCUGAGCUGGUUGUACUUUGAGCUUCUAAUGGGUUAAAUGGUAACAAAGGAAGAUACUUGAACAAACAUUGCUGCAGGUUCACAGGACCUCACUGGGCUUCUGGCCAUAUAAAGACAGGAGAAGUCAGUGGGUAGAAGAGAGUUCCCUUCGAGACUGAGGCAGAACUGCAAGACCCACUUUGUUGGUCAUGGACUCCUCUCAUGCAGAAAGGAAAAAAAUCAUUGUUAUUGGUGGUGGCCUGGUUGGAGCACUGAAUGCAUGCUUCCUUGCUAAGAGGAAUUUCCAAGUAGAGGUAUAUGAAGCUAGGGAAGAUAUUCGAAUGGCUCAAUCAGUGCGAGGGAGAAGCAUUAACUUGGCGCUUUCUUAUAGAGGACGACAAGCCUUGAAAGCCAUUGGCCUGGAAGAGCAGGUUGUGUCUCAAGGUAUUCCCAUGAGAGGAAGAAUGAUUCACUCUCUGUCAGAAAAGAGAUCUAUAAUUCCUUAUGGGACAAAGUCUCAGUACAUUCUUUCUAUAAGCAGAAAAAAUUUAAACAAGGAUCUACUGACUGCCGUUGAGAAAUACCCCAACGCAAAGGUGCACUUUGGCCAGAGGCUGGUGAAAUGCAACCCCGAGGAAGGAAUGGUCACAGUUCUUGGACCUAACAACGUUCCCAAAGAUGUCACUUGUGACCUAAUUGUAGGAUGUGAUGGAGCCUAUUCAACUGUCAGAAGUUACUUCAUGAGGAGGCCUCGCUUUGAUUACAGUCAGAAGUAUAUUCCUCAUGGGUACAUGGAGUUGACUAUUCCACCUAAGUGUGGGGAAUAUGCAAUGGAACCUAAUUAUCUGCAUAUAUGGCCUAGAAAUACCUUUAUGAUGAUUGCACUACCAAACAUGGAAAAAUCAUUCACAUGCACUUUAUUUAUGCCCUUUGAUGAAUUUGAAAAACUGCUAACCAGUAACGAUGUGCUGGAUUUCUUCCACAAGUACUUUCCCGAUUCCAUCCCUCUAAUUGGAGAACAAGCCCUGGUGCAAGAUUUCUUUCUGUUGCCCGCCCAGCCCAUGAUAUCCAUAAGGUGUUCUUCUUUCCACUUGAAGUCACACUGUGUGCUGAUGGGAGACGCAGCUCAUGCCAUUGUCCCGUUUUUUGGACAAGGAAUGAAUGCGGGCUUUGAAGACUGCUUGGUAUUUGAUGAGUUACUGGAUAAAUUCAAUAAUGAUUUCAGUAUGUGUCUUCCUGAAUUCUCAAGAUUUAGGGUUCCGGAUGACCAUGCAAUUUCAGACCUAUCUAUGUACAAUUAUGUAGAGAUGCGGUCCCAUGUCAACUCCCUUUGGUUCAUUGUUCGAAAGAACAUAGAAAGAUUUCUUCAUGCUAUUAUGCCAUCUACCUUUAUCCCUCUCUAUACAAUGGUCACUUUUUCCAGAAUGAGAUACCAUGAGGCAGUGCAGCACUGGCAUUGGCAAAACAAGGUGAUAAACAAAGGACUCUGUAUGUUUGGAUCCCUGGUGGCCAUUGGUAGUGCCUACUUCCUUGUGCAACACCUGUCCCGGAGACCUCUGCACUACUUAAGAUUGCCAUGGAACUGGAACAGUCUACUCCUGCAAUAUGGGGCACAUUUUCCUUCAAACUCCAUGCAGUCCCUGGAAUAAAUCCUCCCAUUCACUAGCAGUGACAGACAGAUCCCAAAGUAAUGUGUUUGAUUUCUCUGCUACCAAAAUCAAGGAUCAGAAAAAGUAUUUCUUCAUCACCAUAUUUAAUUCACUGUUGGAAGACAGUCAUCUGUGUAUAAUUAAAAUCAAUGUAGAUGGUAUUUGUUGCAAUUGCUAGGGGGAAAUCCAAGGCUAUUUUUUUUGUGAAGUUGUAACCCACAGCUUCCCCUUUGCAUCAUGCAUACUCAAGUUGGGGCAUUCUAAAUGUAAAGUUUCAGUGGCUAAGAUUGAUUUCACUUCUCAGAAAAUAAG